CUCUGACGCGUGGGGCCCGCCUGCCAUCCUCCCCCGCCGCCGCCGCUCGCCCGCCGGCCGGGCAGGGCGGCACCGUGGGGGUUCGGUUCCGCCGUCCGCGGGCGCUGAUCCGAGCCGGGGCCAGGCCCCCCCCCCCACUCCACGUCCUGAUCGGCUCCCUGAGCCCUAGGGUUUCGUACACCCCCCUCUCGCCUGCUCGGCUCGCUCCGCGCCGCCCCCAGGUCGGGCUCCGGCGGGGAUAGAGAUCUGAUCUCCCCGGCCGGUGGCGGAAGAGGGCCUCGUGGUGGGAGGUUGGUUGCGCUCGAUUUGGGGCGCUGCGGAAUUUGGAGGUCCGUGUGAGAGGGCGCUAGCUCGCGAGGAGGAGGAGGAGGAGGAGCUAUGGCGUCGAGCCUGCUCACUACGGACAAGAGAUGGGCUGCCCCUGCAAGGAAAUCUGGCAUGACUGUUCUAGGAAAAAUUCCAAAACCUAUUAAUUUGCCAAGUCAAAGGUUGGAAAAUCACGGUCUUGACCCCAAUGUGGAAAUUGUUCCAAAGGGCACCCUCACAUGGGGUAGCAAACCCAAUACUACAACCCCAAAUGCAUGGAAUUCAUCUUCACUCCUUUCUCCCAAGAACGAUGGAAGUUCCAAUUCACCCAGCCACUUUAAUGGACGACCCUCUUCUGGGGGAGGAUCAAGACCCUCAACAGCUGGAAGCGAAUCCCUUGACUCACCGAAUGCUUGGGGUUCAAGUUCUCGACCAUCCACAGCAUCGAGCACGCUCCCAACCAAUCAUUUACAAACGGUGACAACUCGUCCUCGAAGUGCAGAGACAAGACCAGGAAGCUCACAACUUUCCCGGUUUGCAGACAAUUCUUCAGAGAAUAUGAAAGUAUCAAUAAGAACUAUUGACAAAUCGGGAUCUUCAUCACAUGGACAUGGAUUUACUCUAAGUACCGGUGAUUUCCCAACACUUGGCUCUGAGUCAAACAGUCAACGAGGUCAUAGCUCUAAAGGACGCCCGACUUCUAGUUCGGGUAAAGAGGCAGCACAAAAUGAACAAGGAAAGAGCCUGCCAGCUGGACCUACUGAAGAAAUAUUGUCAGCCAAUAGUCAGUCUGUGGAUAACAUAAAGACAGAGCAGCAUGUGUAUGAUCAUGGAGGUGCUCCCUUCCCAGCUAAAAGUCUGCCAAAUGAAGUUCAGCAGCCACAACCUUACCCUGCUAACUUUUGUGUGCCCCCACCACAUUUUGAUUCAUGGCAUGCGCCUCCAGGUCAUCCCCCUGAUGGAAUGUGGCACAGAGGAGCGGCACCAGGUGGGCCAUACAGACCACUAGGCCCACCUGGUGGUGGUUUCCCUGUCGAGCCAUUCGCUUAUUAUGGUCAGUUCCCACCCAACUCAGAAGCAACAGCAAGGCAGGGCCCAGGACAUGGUGGGUAUCAACCUAAAAACGGAGAUGCAUAUCUUUCAAUGCCUCCUAAUUCCUACAUGAUGAACCAGCCUGUUAUUCCAGUCAGACCAGUUUACCAGAGCCCAAUGUCUUAUGAUGGGUAUUAUGGCCCUCCUCCACGAGCAAGCUUCAACAAUCCCAAUGUGAGAGAUUCACCUUUUGUUGGAGGUCCUCAUCAACCAGGAAUAUUAAAUCAAUUCCCCAACCAGCAAGAGAAGUUCCACCCUGGACAUCCUCAGAGCAGACCUGGGAAACAUGAAGUAGCUCCUAAUGAGCAUUUGGAAUCUGAUAGAAUACAUGUGAUCCAGCGAGGACAGCCUAGGAUUUUGCAUGAUAACUUAAGAGGGCCACGUGAAGUCGAGAGAAAUGCUCAACCAGCACCACCACUUCUUCCACAUCCAAAUGGAAAUCGGAUUGAUGUAAACAGGAGGGCAGAUAUAAGGGAAACCUUUAAUGAAAAGAACAGGGUCCUUAUGAAGUCGGUGCCUGACCAUAGAGGCCCAGCGGAUGCAAGUCAUUUGUCUAUUCCAGAAAAUGUGCACCCGCAUCCCAGGGAAACUGAUGAUGGCACUAUCCGGAAGAAGUUCAAGGACGAUAACCCCAUUAUUCCUGAUCAGCAACCUGUCAUUAAGAAGAAUGUGGCUUUAAUAGAGAAAAUAGAAAGUUUGAAUAACAAAGCUAGAAAUGUUGAUGUGCGAAAUAUUGCAGAACCAUUAUCAUCCAAAGAAGCCAAGGAGAAGCAGCAAAAAAGUGCUCCUUCAAAGGAAGUUCAGAAACAAGUCAAACUACAAAAUGUACCUGCUGGUGGUAUGGCUGUUGAACUGUCACACUCUGAGUUAACUGAAACCACUAAAGCUGGAAAUCCUGGUGAAUCAACUCGUGAUCGACCACACAGGAGGGGUGAUUCUUCAAGAAGCAGUCACCAUGGUCCUGUUAAAGAUAGGAUAGCUAAUAACUCUGCAGGACAGGGACUCAGAGAAAAUUCUGGAACUGAUUCUUCACCAAUUAUUAGUUUGAGAAAUAGCCAGCAUGACCAGCCUCCUGAUGAUGCUUUGAAGCUGGAACCUGUGAUGGUCACUGAUGAUAUGCCAGCUUCACUUGAUUUUGAAUCUCAGCGUGCAAAAAUGAGGGAGUUGGCUGCACAACGCGCAAAACAAUUGCAAGCUGAGGAGGAGGAACGUACAAAGCAACAGAGAGCAAAAGCUCUUGCAAAGUUGGAAGAACUGAAUAGGCGUUCGUCAGUACAUCAGAAGAGCUCAAAUGAUGCACCACCAGAGAUUGCCGUAGUGCAACAAAAACAAAAUGCUGGAUUUGAUGAGACUGCCAAACCUGCUAGUUUGGCUGCUGAAUCUUGUGAUGUUGCAUGUGAUAGUCAUACUGCUCUUCAGCCACCAAAUGGCCCCAAGCAUACUGAACUUUCUGUACAGUCCAAGUCUUCUACACCAACACAUGCUUUAGGUGUUGGUAAAGAUCCUACUGUUCAUAAUAGCUCAUCGUCAGCCAGGAACUCAGAGCAUGAAGGCCAGAAAGUUAUAGCACAAUCACAUGGCAUUAAUGUCCCAAAGCCUAGACAGGGCUACAGAAGAAGGCAAGCUGUCUCUGAGGUCUCUGAGAAAUUUCCUAGUGAGAAGUCCAGUGCAGUGUUAAGCACAGAAAGUGGCAAGAAAAUUGUUGAGGCCCUUUUGGACACUCCAACUGCUAUUGUUACAUCACAUGACGAUACCCUGGCCCACAACAAGAAGAGUGCCAGACACUCAAGAAAUAAGAAAAAGUCUGAUGAAGCUCCAGUUACUUGUAAGCAUCCACCUGUAGUGCUCAAUGAGCAGGAUUUAGUCAAAGCUCCUAGUGACAAAGUCCCUAGCGAGCCAAAAAUGCAAACAUCUAGUGAGCCAAAAACACAUACUGCUGGUGUUAUCAUCAGUAGUUCAAUAGUUCCUAGUAAAGGUACUGUUGUCACUGUGGGAAGUAUAAUGGUGGGUGGUAUUUCGUUUGGAUCUUUGAACCAAGCAGAUGAAACAGAUGAAGCUCAUAGUAGCAGCUUCAACAGCCACCCAAGACGCCAGCAGGCAAAAAAAUCAGGAAAAAACCAGCAGGCUGUCCGACCUAUUGAGAGGCCACAUGGGAAUGAGGGUGCUGUAUGGGCACCAGUUAAGCUGCCAGGACAGAGCGAACAUUCUGGCGAUGCCAUGAGGAAAGCAGGAGUAGUUGCUCCCACUCAGCCAGCUGGACAGAACACCAAUGAUGGGGAGAACAUUACGAAAACAAAAAGGGCUGAAAUGGAGAGGUAUGUUCCCAAGCCUCUAACCAAAGAGCUUCAGCAGCAGAAUUUGGAGGAAAUAAUUGAAAAGUCUACUGGUGGUAAACUUGAGACUGCACCUGAGGCCAAGAAAUGGGAGGGCAAGAAAACUAAUAGAGGGCAUGGGAAGUCUCAUCCUUCUUGGCGUAGAAGAAAUACAGAUGAGUCAACUUUGGUAGGACCCAAUGCCACUGAGCUAUCAGACAACUAUCAAGAGUCACAUGAACCUCAGAGACAGACUGAUCAGCAUCAAUCGCUUGAACCUGAUAGGCAAGAAGAUGCUCUUGCUAGUAAUAGUUCAGCUGUAGCUGAAACUGUUACAUCAGUAGUUACAGUUACUUCUGCCAAGGAGCAUGGUGCAGCUAACAGGCAAAGGCGUCAGCAUGUUAAGGCUCAGAAAAAUGAGGGAAGUAAUUACCCUACUGAGAACAAGGAUCAAGCAGCAGCACCACCAGCACUGGGCAUUGAUUCAAACUCGUAUGAACGUAGAAGUAUGUUGAGAUCUGAUGUGAAGAACAGUGGAACAAUAUCACAAUCUAGAGCACACUGGAAGCCUAAAACCAUCUCCCAAUCCCAGAGCAAUUCACAUGAGGCUUCCAUCUCCCAGUCCCAGAGCAAUUCACAUGGCAAUAUUGCUAAGGAUGAACACGUGGAUAGUGCAACUCCACAAGACAGCAGCAGCAUCAACCUUGCUGGAAACAGUGGUGGAGAUGAUGAAAAGCAUGCACACGGUGGAGAAAAGAGACAUGUAGAAGAUCAUCAGAAGAGCGAGAGCCAUGAAACUGCAGAACAGCAGCUUAGUCAUGCACCGCGCCGACAGGGCAACCACAAUGGGAGGUACCACAGAGGAGGUGGCACAAACAGGGGAAGGGGUUAUGAUGCUGGGAAGCCAAGCCAUGGCGCAAACACAGACAGGCGGAGGGGUGGCACUCAUCUCGAAUACCAGCCCGUCGGAUCCUUCAGUAAAUCCACAGACUUCCAGCAGAACCCAAGUGUCGAUGAACGGGCCGAGGGGCCUCCAGUGCACAGGGAGCGCGUCCACAAUAAGGGGCCACACCCUGCUGGCCAGUUCGUCAAGCGGAACCCUGCCUCGGCCCCAUCUGCAAAUGCUUACCGAGACGAAUAAUUUUCCUCCACCCCAAAGGAUUCCUAAGCUGUGCGAUCUCUCUCUUUCUGGGUGACGAACAGCAGGUUUGUGAAUGUAAUGUUUCCACAGUUGAUGCCAGUUCAGGGGACUCGUCUGAUGUGAUGAUCUCAACUUCUCAGGCUCCUUGUGUCUAACAUGUUCAGAGAUUAGCAGGUCAAAAGCCACGGCGGCGGCAGCCCUUCGUCGUCGUCGGCGGCGGUUAGUACUAGUGGGGUGUAAUGGAUUUUGUCUGUUCCAGGGCCGUUUGGCCCCUCGCGUGUGAUUGUUAAUUGUUCUGCAGGAGCAUCAUCAUCAUCCCUUGCUUCGGUGAGAUGUGAUGUUGGAAAACUUUGGAAUGUGUACUAACUGGAGUUGACUGAGAACUCAGGUGUUAUUAGCAUCUAAACAGAAGAUAGUUCGUUUUGGGUGAUCU